CCUUACCUAGAGGUAGGUACCUACCUACCUUACCUUACCUACCUUACCUUACCUUAAAGUACCGUACCGUACCUUAAAGUACCGUACCUGCAGACAUUACCUCCGUACCUUAUGUCGUACCCUACCACCUCGGCGUAGUUUUCAACGUCUGGUCCAGUCGAGGUAUUGGUCGAGGUGCAUUUCAAUCCCGCUUUUCCGCCUUCCCGCCAGUGAUGAUCCCAUCCCAUCCCAUCCCAUUCCCAUAAGUUACCCAUCCACUUGUGAUGGAUGCAACGUCCAGAGCCGUUUGGGUCAGACGUCGCGGCGGGCGGGCGGGCGGCCGGGCGGCAUUGAAUCUGAAUCUGUAUCGGAAUCUGCAGGUGAACGGCACUGGUGCGCGCUGCUGGUCCCAUUUUUGACAGGAAACCCGGACCGUUGCAUUGGAUUGGAUCCUUGGAGGGCGUGUGGUUUACUGUGUCUGGAUACCCCGCGGCUUCAGCAAUCACUGCAUUUCAACUCACCUUUCUUUACAACUCUCCCCCGAUCUUUCCACAAGCAUACACACCAUGACGGUAGGAACUGUUCUGAUCACUGGAGGUACAGGUUAUAUCGGGUCCUUCACUACGCUCGCGCUACUCGAACAUGGCUACAAAGUCGUGAUUGUCGACAGCCUCUACAACUCUUCCAAAGUCUCACUUGACCGCAUCGAACUCCUCUGCGGAAAGAGACCAGACUUCUACCAAGUGGAUGUCACCGAUGAAGAAGCGCUUGACAAGGUCUUCGCCGCGCACCCAAACAUCGACAGCGUCAUCCACUUUGCUGCUCUCAAGGCUGUUGGUGAAUCUUCUGAAAUCCCAGUCGAAUACUACCGUGUCAAUGUUGGCGGAACGAUUGCCCUCCUCAGAUGCAUGAUCAAGCACGAUGUACCCAAUAUCGUCUUCUCCUCCUCUGCCACCGUGUACGGCGACAAUGCGACCCAAGUACCGAACAUGAUCCCCAUCCCUGAACACUGCCCAAUUGGGCCUACAAACCCAUACGGAAGAACGAAGAGCAUGAUUGAGGAGAUUAUUACAGACCACAUAAAUUCUCAGCGUACCAAGGCGAAGAAAGAGGGAACGUCGGUCGAGAAAUGGAAUGGUGCUCUGCUGCGAUACUUCAACCCUUGUGGUUCGCACCCAAGUGGAAUUAUGGGCGAGGAUCCCCAAGGAGUGCCAUUUAACCUCCUACCAUUGCUGGGCCAAGUUGCUACUGGACAAAGAGAGAAGUUGAUGGUGUUUGGAAAUGACUAUCCAUCAAGAGACGGCACUGCAAUCCGCGACUAUAUCCACGUAGUCGAUCUCGCCAAAGGCCAUCUCGCAGCCCUCAACCACCUCCGCCAAGCUAAUCCCGGCGUGCGAGCCUGGAAUCUAGGCUCAGGUCGCGGUUGCACUGUCUUCGAAAUGAUCAACGCCUUCCAGAAAGUUGUCGGACACCCUCUGAAAUACGAUGUUGUGGAGCGAAGAGCAGGCGAUGUGUUAGACUUGACUGCUAACCCAGAGCGUGCAAAUAAGGAGCUGGCCUGGAAGACAGAACUUACGCUUGAGGACGCUUGUGAAGAUCUUUGGAGAUGGGUCAGCAAUAACCCAAAGGGAUAUCGUCAAGAUCCUCCGGAAGUGCUGCUUGCUGCUAUAAAGAAGUAGUUGGUGGUCAUAUAUUUGUUGUUCCAGCAUUUUCAUAAGAUAGCAUUUAGACUCAAAACAUAGACAUAUGGAA